AUGACUGGAAAUAGAGAAAGCGGCCCAGAAGGCCAUCAACAUGGCAAGAAGAAGGUCAUGCUGAAUAUCCCACAUGGCGCCCCACAGCGAAGCGAACGCUCCUGCAAAAAGAGCGUGUUGGACGACUUCUGCAUAGUUCGCCACCCUGUCACAAAAGAGGCAGCCAUGAAGAAGAUGGAGGACAAUGACACUGUGGUCUUCGUUGUCGACCGGAGGUCGAACAAGUCGGCCAUCAAGGCGGCUGUUGAGGAGAUGUACAAAAUAAAGGUGGCCAAGGCGAGCACACACAAUGGCCCAAAGAAUGUAAAGUAG